AUGGAGGGCGUCCAUUCUUUGGUCUUAGAUUGGUGUUCCUUGUGUAUCGAACAGCCACAGCCGAAAUUGAAUAUAUUGAAAGUUGUUUGUCUAUGUCUACGUUUACAGCACCAGAUUCUUUGGUCGGUUCAACCAUACGGCCUUCCGCUCAAUGUCGAACUACUACCGGAAAAACUUAGGAAACUGGGUUACAGAACUCAUCUGGUAGGAAAAUGGCAUCUUGGAAUGUGUAAAUGGGAGUAUACACCAACGUACCGAGGUUUUGAUAGUUUCUAUGGUUACUAUAGCUUGUUACUGACGCAUUUCACCAAACAACACACGGCAAUCCAAGACCGAAGCAUUACUGGUUACGAUUUUCGCGAUAACACUGGUGUGGUACCGAAAACGGACGAGUUCAUAUCAGAAAUGUUUUUGAAGAGGGCAGAGAAGUUAAUUGACGAACACUAUGGAGAUCAACCUAUGUUCCUGUAUUUCUCUUUAGAUCUUCCAAAGUGGCCAAGUGAGGCGCCACAAAAGUACCUGGACAUGUAUGCCCACAUCGAAAACCCAGACAGAAGAGGAUUGUCAGCAAUGGUAUCUGCCAUGGACGAUAUAGUUGGGAACUUGACACGCAAACUAAAAGAGAAAGAAAUGUGGGAAGACACGUUGUUUGUUUUCUUCAGUGACAACGGUGGUUUUCCGUAUCUAGCAGCGAGUAACUGGCCCUUCAGAGGCGGAGGAGGUACCCUAUUUGAAGGCGGAACGAGAGUUCCUGGAUUUGUUUCAGGGUCAAGUUCCUUAUUAAAGAACAUUGGGACAGUCAGUAAUGAACUCAUCCACAUCACUGACUUUCACACAACCUUUUUGAAGCUAGCAGGUGGAACACCCGAGGAUGAUUUAGAUGGACUUGAUGUUUGGGACACCCUGUCAAAGGGAAAAUCGUCGCCAAGAAAAGAAAUGGUUUACAACAUUGACGACGUGAUGCCUGGACCAGGAGCUGCUAUAAGAAUUGGGGAUUACAAACUAAUAGUUGGAAACCCGGAAAUAUUCUACCCGCGGCGAUCAUUGGAGUACACAGAUGGCUGGCACCCACCUGCCAAAACCAAUGCCACGAAAUUUACGCGUACACCGGUACAUUUUGGUGAAUUGGGAGACGUUCCUCCACCAGCUAAUGUCACUAUGUUGUUUAAUUUGAAAGACGACCCUGAAGAGAGAAAUAAUUUAGCUAAAGAUUAUCCAAUGAAAGUUGAAGAAUUAAGAUUAAGAUUAAAGGAAUACGAGAAAGGGUUAAUGCCAUCUAUCAAUCCACCACCAGAUUUAAAAAGAAGUAAUCCGGCCAACUUCGGUGGUGUAUGGUCACCUGGGUGGUGUUGAGUAUGUUUACUUUUCAAACGGUGUUUGAAAAUAGUAGUUUUGUUAUGCAAAUAAUAACAUAAACUAUUUUAAAAUGUCAUGUAAAGUAUUGCUUGAAUAAAUGCCACUACAUGGUCAGCUA